UUGAGAAUUCGGCCUUGGGCCUUGGCAUGGCACAAGGGCAUUUCCGAAGUUUCAUAAGUAAGCGAGUCCGCCACAAAGUCUUCCCGUCCUUCAGGCACUGCCAGCUAGCCAGUCCCUUCUCUGCACAGCAGUCCCUCUCUUUGUUUCUGUGGUCGAUUUGGCCGCAAUGGAGGUGUCGGAGACUGCCCAAGGAGCGACCCUGCGUCACGCCUUCGGAAAUGUUUUAUCUUUCUUCAUCCUUCUUCUGAUCGGCGUUCUCGCUUUCUCGAUCCGCAUCUUCUCCGUUAUUAAGUACGAGAGCGUCAUUCACGAAUUUGAUCCUUAUUUCAAUUACAGAGUCACUCAGUAUCUCACAAAGAACGGAAUAUAUGACUUCUGGAAUUGGUUUGAUGAUCGGACCUGGUACCCUCUUGGUCGUGUGAUUGGUGGAACUGUUUACCCUGGGUUGACAUUGACAGCAGGUUCCUUAUGGUGGGUACUCAAUUCUUUGAAUAUUCCUCUGUCUGUGGAAACAGUUUGCGUAUUUACUGCCCCUAUAUUCUCAGCUAAUGCCUCUUGGGCAACCUACCUGCUGACAAAGGAAGUUAAGGGUACUGGUGCUGGACUAACAGCUGCUGUUCUUUUGGCCAUGGUUCCAUCCUACAUAUCCCGGUCUGUGGCUGGCAGCUAUGACAAUGAAGCUGUUGCCAUUUUUGCUUUGAUCUUCACUUUCUAUCUUUAUAUAAAGACGCUGAAUACAGGAUCCCUUUUUUAUGCCACUUUAAAUGCCAUAGCAUACUUUUACAUGGUUUGCUCGUGGGGAGGGUACACAUUUAUUAUUAACCUGAUUCCCAUGCAUGUGCUUCUGUGCAUUGUAACUGGUCGCUAUUCUUCUCGGCUGUAUAUUGCAUACGCUCCACUUAUUGUGUUGGGAACAUUGCUAGCCUCGUUGGUUCCUGUUGUUGGUUUUAAUGCAGUCAUGACAUCAGAACAUUUUGCCUCUUUUCUGGUUUUUAUUAUUAUCCAUGUGGUGGCCCUUGUUUAUUAUGUCAAAGGCAUUCUCAGUCCAAAGAUGUUUAAAGUAGCUGUAACGCUUGUUGUCGCUGUUGGCCUGGUGGUAUGUUGUGCUGUGAUGGCAGUCCUUGUAGCAUUGGUAGCUUCUAGUCCAACAAAGGGAUGGAGUGGUCGAAGUCUAAGUCUUCUUGAUCCAACUUAUGCGAGCAAGUAUAUCCCAAUUAUUGCUAGUGUUAGUGAACAUCAACCGCCCACUUGGCCUUCCUACUUUAUGGACAUAAAUGUGUUGGCAUUCUUGGUUCCAGCUGGCAUUAUUGCAUGUUUUUUGCCAUUAUCCGAUGCAAGUUCCUUUGUAGUACUUUAUAUUGUCACAGCAGUAUACUUUUCUGGAGUCAUGGUGCGUCUUAUGCUCGUACUUGCACCAGCAGCAUGUAUUAUGUCUGGAAUUGCAUUGUCUGAAGCUUUUGAUGUUUUUACAAGAUCAAUCAAAUUUCAGUUGCCUGGCAUAUCAGGAAAUUCAGAUAUCAAUGCAGGGGAUACUGGUUCCAAUAAUGUUGUAGCACAAACCAAUGUGGCAAUGGCUGACAAAAAUGAAGACAUGCCAAAGGAGCGUCCUUCAAAAAAGAAUAAGAAGAAGGAAAAGGAGGCUAAGGAUCCUGUGGAAAAAGCUUCUAUCAAGUCCCGAAUUCAGAAGAGGCUCUUGGUUUUACCUCUGGAGACAUCUGUCAUUGCUAUUUUAUUGCUUGUAUUUCUGGGUGCCUUCUAUGUGGUUCAUUGUGUUUGGGCAGCAGCAGAAGCUUAUUCAGCUCCCUCUAUUGUUCUAACAUCUAAUUCACCCGAUGGUGGUUUUCAUGUUUUUGAUGAUUUUAGAGAAGCUUAUGGAUGGUUACGCCACAAUACUGAGGUGGAUGAUAAAGUUGCUUCUUGGUGGGACUAUGGUUAUCAAACAACUGCAAUGGCUAAUCGCACUGUUAUUGUUGACAAUAAUACCUGGAAUAACACACAUAUUGCAACUGUUGGCACUGCCAUGUCUUCUCCAGAAAAGGCUGCUUGGGAGAUUUUUAACUCCUUGGAUGUAAAAUAUGUUCUUGUUGUUUUUGGAGGUCUUGUUGGUUACCCCAGUGAUGAUAUUAAUAAGUUCCUGUGGAUGGUUCGCAUAGGAGGUGGUGUAUUCCCUCAUAUCAAAGAACCUGAUUAUCUGAGAGAUGGUCAGUAUCGGAUUGAUUCUCAGGCCACUUCAACCAUGCUAAAUUGCCUGAUGUACAAACUCUCAUAUUACAGAUUUGUGGAGACAGAUGGCAAAGGCUUUGAUAGAGUAAGGCGGACUGAAAUUGGGAAGAAAUAUUUCAAGCUCACAUAUUUUGAGGAGGUAUUCACGACUCACCAUUGGAUGGUUCGGAUAUACAAACUAAAACCUCCAAAGAACAGAAUGCGGGGAAAGGCAAAGAAAUCAAAAUCGAAAGCAAGCACAGCAAGUAGCUCAAAAAGAAGGGGAAGAAGCAAGAAGAAUCCUUGGCACUAGAAAGUAAACUAUUUAGUAGACAUAAUCAAAGAAUAGGUCCUCUCUGAAACCUGAUUUCUGAGCUCAAAUGCAAAUGCAAGCCUCAUUUGGUUGAAAGGAUUACAUCAUCGAUGGCUUCACUGAGAAUUGUUUGCGGGCUAGUAGAAGUUUUUGACUGUAAUUCCGAACUUGGAGGCCGGAACUUGGAGUUUGGAUUUGUAUGGAUUUGGAUGAAGAACAUUACAAAUAUUGUAGCGACUUUCGUUCACAUGCACACAAACUAAAUCAAUGACUCGAAAUCUAUUCUCUCACAGUUAAAAGGGCCGGCCCUGGCAUCUGAACUCAAUAGUUACCUGUUAUUCUUCACCACAUUGUUGCACAACUGUGAACUCUUCAUGCAAUUUAUCUUCUGUUGGGAGCACAUAGAUGUAGAGCUUGUGAUUUAGAAUUUGUAUGAAAUUAGACAAAAUUUGAUUUAACAUGAAUCGAGUUUCAUUUAAUUCCACACAAA